AUGCCUCCCCGCUACUCCACCACCACGCCCGUGUCCCGCAUCCGCCGCCGCCUUUCCUCCACCACCACCACCACCUCCCCCGCACGGCCCUCACGCUCCUGGUCUCCCCACGCCGCCUUUGCCGCGGCCACGGAGCGCGCCCGCGCCGGCACGCUCAGCCCGGAGGACGCGCACCACCUGUUCGACGAUUUGCUACGGCAGGCCGCCCCGGUCUCUGAGCGCUCCCUGGACAGCUUCCUCGCCGCCCUCGCCCGUGCGCCGGACUCCGGAGCCUGUAGAGAUGGGUCUGCCCUCGCCAUCGCCCUCUUCAACCGGGCGCGCCGAGAAGAAGCUGUCCCGCGGGUGGCGCGGCCCACAAUCUUCACGUAUGGCGUCCUCAUGAACUGCUGCUGCCGCGCGCUUCGCCCGGACCUAGGGCUUGCCUUCUUCGGCCUCCUCCUCAGGACGGGCCUCAAGAAAAAUGUCAUCAUCGGCAGCACCCUCCUCAAGUGCCUCUGCUAUGCAAAACGCACGGACGAGGCUGUGAACGUGCUGUUUCAUAGGAUGUCCGAGCUCGGGUGUGUGCCUGAUGCCUUAUCAUACAACAUCGUUCUGAAGGGCUUGUGUGAAGAUGGCAGAAGCCAACAAGCGCUCGACUUGCUCCAAAAAGUGAGGAAAGAUGGAGGUGCCUGCUCCCCUGAUGUGGUCACAUAUAACACCGUCAUCCAUGGCUUCUUUAAGGAAGGCGAAAUUGGCAAGGCAUGUGAUCUAUUCCAUGAAAUGCAGCAAAUGGUUGUGCCAGAUGUUGUGACAUAUAACUCGAUUAUUGAUGCGCUGUGCAAGGCCAGAGUAAUGGACAAGGCAGAGUUGUUCCUUCGGCAAAUGGUUGAAAGAGGAGUUCAGCCGAAUGAAGUGACAUAUACUAGCAUCAUACAUGGAUAUUCCAGUUUGGGCAAGUGGAAAGAGGCAAGUAGACUGUUCAGAAAAAUGACAAGCCUGGGUCUCAUACCAAAUAUUGUUACUUGGAGCUCGUUCAUGGCAUCCCUUUGCAAGCAUGGAAGAACCAAAGAAGCUGCAGGUGUUUUUGAUUCUAUGACCGCCAAGGGCCACAAACCUAACAUCGUCACGUAUGGCGCUCUGAUCCACGGGAACAAGGAGUCAGUCCAGAUGUAUUCACCUAUUUAAGUAUAAUAACUGCACUUUGUAGAAUGGGCAGGCUGGCUGAUGCUAUGGACAAAUUAAGUCAGAUGAUUUACAUCAGGGUACAACCAAACACAGCUGUUUAUCACACCCUAAUUCAGGGCUGUUGUACACACGGUGAUUUAGGGAAA